CGCAUCUGUUGUGCAUUCUUUCUCAUCCCCGUACUUCCCCACGCCCCCGGCUUCGACGCGCCCCGUUCUUCUUAUCACUGACAUCGUCGCGGCUGGUGAUUCUCCGUACUCCAUCUUGUGCAAGCACUCGAGCCAGACGCGUUUUCUGUCGUCCUAAGCCUGGCAAACACCAUGGCAAAGGAGGAGGUGGCCCCGAUUCAGGCCGUGUCCCCAAUUCAGGCAGUUGACUCUGCUGUCGACCCCUAUGGCAGUCACAAUGAGCCUGACGUUACUGAGAAGGGCACUACGGAGCACAUCAAUCUGAACAAUAAUACUUCUGCCAAAAUCAAGAAUCCCUUGGCGGACCUGAGCCCGGCUCAAGUGGUGCAAGAUGUCGAAGACUUUGCCAAUGAAUAUCAGUUGACUGAUAUCUUCCCCUUGCUUAAGAAAGGAGCCCUUGUGGCACGCGAUCCCGAAGACUUUCACUCGGUUCCAGAUUUGACUAGUGAUGAGAUUACUGCCAUUCGUGAUGAGAAAGAUCACAAGUGGCGUCAGCCUAAAGCUCUCUAUUUCACUAUCAUUCUCUGCUCCAUUGGAGCUGCUGUCCAGGGUUGGGAUCAAACCGGAAGUAAUGGCGCCAACCUCUCUUUCCCUGUUGCGCUUGGAAUUCCUGAAACUGGUCCCCACGCGUCAAGAAACCAGUGGCUUGUCGGUACCGUUAAUGCGGCUCCAUACAUGUCUAGCGCUGUCAUCGGAUGCUGGCUGUCCGACCCACUGAACAAGUAUCUGGGCCGCCGUGGUGCUAUUUUCAUGUCUGCCAUCUUCUGCCUUCUUGCUCCUAUUGGAUCUGCCGUCAGUCAGACCUGGCCUCAGCUGUUCGUGACUCGUCUGUUGCUGGGCUUGGGAAUGGGUUUGAAGGCGUCUACAAUCCCAAUGUUCUGUGCAGAGAACACCCCGGCUUCUAUUCGUGGAGGACUCGUUAUGUGCUGGCAGUUGUGGACGGCCUUUGGUAUCUUCCUUGGGACUUCCGCGAACCUUGCUGUCAAAGACACUGGGAAGAUCUCCUGGAGACUCCAGCUCGGUUCCGCCUUUAUUCCAGCGCUUCCUUUGCUGAUUGGUGUCUUCAUGUGUCCAGAGUCGCCUCGCUGGUACAUCAAGAAGGAAAAGAUGCGUAACGCCUACCGGUCUUUGCGCCGCUUGCGCAACACUGAGCUGCAGGCCGCACGUGAUCUCUACUACAUCUACGCACAGAUCAAGAUUGAGCAGGAUAUUGCUGGAGAAAGCAAUUAUGCCACCCGAUUUGUCGAGUUGUUUACUAUUCCUCGUAUCCGCCGUGCAACUCUUGCUUCCUUCGUUGUGAUGAUUGCGCAGCAGAUGUGCGGAAUCAAUAUCGUUGCCUUUUAUUCCUCGACUGUCUUUCAGCAGGCAGGAGCCAACGUCACCGAAGCACUGUUUGCCUCCUGGGGCUUUGGACUUGUAAACUUCAUCUUUGCAUUCCCGGCGGUGUUCACCAUUGACACAUAUGGCCGGCGAGCUCUGCUUUUGUUUACGUUCCCCCAGAUGGCCUGGACUCUGCUGGCCGCAGGCUUCUGUUUCUACAUUCCCAAGGAGCAGACGGCGCAUCUGGCAUGCAUCGCUCUCUUUGUCUUCAUGUUCGCAGCUUUCUACUCUCCUGGCGAGGGACCAGUCCCGUUCACUUACUCUGCCGAAGUCUUCCCUCUAUCCCAUCGUGAGGUCGGAAUGGCUUGGGCUGUGGCAGUUUGUCUCGGCUGGGCUGCGGUACUUUCCAUUACCUUUCCCCGUAUGCUGGCCGUUAUGACUCCAACUGGUGCAUUUGGCUUCUACGCGGCGCUGAACGUGACUGCCUUUGUAAUGAUCUUCUUGUGGGUCCCUGAGACCAAGCAGCGGACUCUGGAAGAACUUGACUACAUUUUCGGGGUCCCGACUCGGAUCCAUAUGCGUUACCAGAUGUUCCACGUGCUUCCCUGGUGGAUCAACCGCUACAUCUUCCGGCGCAACGUUCACUUGGAGCCCUUGUACAAGCUUGACCACCUUGCCUCCAGUGGCUAAGCGGGAUGCAUCUGUCUAUGAGCACUUCAAGUUUCUCGUGUGCGUACGAUGAAACCGUUGCUUUCGACACGGAGUACUGGUGGCUAUGUUGCUUCGCGAAGUUUUCGGCGUUUAGUGCGAUUUUCCGCGCUUUAAUUACAGGGUAGAAUCUGAGUGCAGGACACAGUGAAAUUGAGAG